AUGAUUCAUCGUUUGUAUUGUAAGAAUAAUAAGUGUUACUCCAAACUCAAACGGUUUGAGACCUUAAAUGUUGAUUAGAAGAAGGAUCUUAACAUACUCACUCUGAGCAUCAUCAAAUGUAUAUUUAAGGCAGCCCAAAACUGGCUGUUUUCUAUUCAUAAUCAAAAUGCAGAUUUAUAAUUCGAGCAGCUGUAAUUAUAGUAUAUUAGUUUUGUGUCCGAAAUCGCUCAGAAGCCACUCAUUGGAUAUUUGGAAUUGAGACAAUAUUAGAACAACAAAUUGAAUAACAAUUCCUCUUACUUCGUUGAGAUUACGAACAAACUGGCAGAUCAAUUAAAAAAACAAAUCAUGGAUAACUAAGUGAGACAGAACUCAAAGGCCGUCUUAAUCCAUGAACAAAGAACCUAACUUAUAGAAAUCUCAUUGACUUAACAAUGGUAAACUCAAAAUCUGUAUGAAAAUUUAUUAUAAAUCUACAUAAAAUUGGUAGAUUAAAAAAUAGAACAUUGGCAGAAUCUAAUAAAUGGAUAUCCGAGUUUGAAUCCAUUUUAAUAUAAUACAUAAAAGUUAUGUGAAAAAAUCAUGAAUCUUAGGAUCUCGUUGGAUAAAUAUAUAGGAGUCCCUUAAGAAUGGUUUGAUUUGAAAACAACCACUACUAAAGGUAUUGCUGUAAAAAAACUAAGUCAUGCUUAACUAAACAUAAAUGUAAUAACUUUAAAAUUAUACUCUUUAUUCUAUUCUCUAAUAAUGAAUGAUUUUGAUAGAGCUGUUUAUGUAGAAUAGUAUGUGAAAGACUUAACUUCAAAUGAUAGAUAAAAAGAAAUUGAUAUAAUCGAUAACAUAUCUCUUUACAAUGAUUCCACUACUAUUAUUUUGGUCAGCAUUGUUAAGAAUAAAGGGAAGAUUGUCAAUAAAAAUCAAUUGGCAUUAGCAAAUUUCUUCCAUUACAUUGAUGCAAAUGAUUUCAAGGAAUCAGUCUCUUAGGUACAUAAUUUGCUACCAAAAACUAUGAUGAAAGGUCAUGAAUAUUUAAUAGAUGCUUUUAUAUAGAAAGGACAUAGUGAAUAUUUUAUUCGUAAGAUUUCUGGAUAUUAUGAGAAUAAAAAUGGAUUUAUUGAGAAAUGCUAUGUAAAAUUAGGGAAUUUGUUUGAGGAAUUAGAUGAUUAUGUUAUUACAGCAUCCAUUCUUAAAUGCAAUAUAUCUAAUUAAAUUAUUUUGGUUGAUGCUGAAGGAAAGAUUAUUGGAAUAAGUGAAGGAUUAUUUAAAUCAAUCAGUGCAAAGAUUCCGAAUAUUACCAUUGAGUUUUUUAAAGAAUUCUGUCACUUCUUUCUUAUAUUCCCCUCCUUUUUGACUAUCUUGAACUAAAAUCUAAAUAAAAUAAAUGAAUUAGAUCAUCAAUUUAUUGAAGAUGAAGAACAUCUAUUCUACAUACCAUCAAAUUUAGUUGAACUUAAUUCUUUGUUUGUAAGAGAAUCGUAUGAAAGAAUUGGCAAUACUCUUCAAGAGGGCUUAGAGAGUUAAAAUUUGAGUUCUUGGAGAUCUUGGAAAUCAGUGUCGAAAUCUUUGAAGAGUGAUCAUUCCUUGGGAUUGGAUAGAGGCAAUACAACAAUAUUAGGAGAGAAAGUACCUAUAGCAGAUAAAUCUAAUAUUAACUUCCACUUUCAGUUUAUGAAUUAGCAUAAAGACUAAUUAGAGAAGUACUCGAUAAUAAGAACCAAAAUAAAAAUAUCUUAUUAGAUGAUGAAAGUAAAAAGAUAUUCUUAUCCUUACUUUAUUAUUGAAUUAGAACACAUGAAUGAAAUUAGUUCUCAACAUAAGUUUUACAACAGAUAUCCAACUAUGGGAUAAAACUUUGAGGCUUCUAAUACUAUAUUUAACUCAGCUUAUAACCACAAAUCUUUAAAUGAAACAGUUCCAUCAAGUGCAGAUAGAUCACUUAACGAUACUAAGCAAUUUAGUUUUUAACAAGGUAAAUUAGUAAUAGAUUCAUAACGGAAUCAACCGACAAAGCCAUUAAAAAUUAAUGAAGAAAAAAUAAAAUAAUUAAUUUAAUAGGAUGACAGUAAUAUCUUGUUUGGAAAUGAUCAUUCCUAAAUAAGAUUAUUUGAUAAACCAAGUGUAAUAGAAGUUUAAGAUGUAUCAGCUCCUCCAUCUGAAAUCAUGUUACCCAAAAAUGCAUACAGGCCAGAUUUUAGUGGAAUCCCGCUGCAGAAGGAUUAAGACAAUGAUUCUGACGAGUUCUUUUAAUUACACAAGUAGUUCGAUGAAAAACAAUUCAAAGUAGAGGAGAAAGAGUUAUAGAAGGAAAAAUCAAGCGAUGAUUUUAAAGAUAAGGAUGAAUCACAAUAGGAAAUAGAGGAUAAUUUUGAGAAGCAUUCUUCAAACUAAAAUGUCAAUAAGAAAAACUUUAUUCAAUUAUUAAUGGAGAAUAAAAAAAUGCAAUAAGAGAAUCAAAAUGAUAAUGAUGAGGAGGAGAAGAAGAAAAGAUCAAUUGCAAGUUCAUCAAAGACUAGUACUUCCAAGUCUCCUUCAUUGCUUGUUCGUUCCUUGUAUUAAGUAAGUACAUUUGGAGGAGGACUUAAGUCUGUUAUAUUUGCCAUUUUAGUCUAUCUUGCUUUGCAAUUUUGUCUUGUGUUUGUUAAGUUAAGCAUCAUUCAAAACAAUUAUGACAUUUUAUAAACUAAUAUUAAUUAUGUAACUUAUCCUGAAACUUUGAACUUUUACUUCUAAAAGAUAGCCUUUUUUGCUUGGAUUAGUUUGUAAGAAAGGCUGGAAAUCAUUAAAUAUAGUGAGUUCAUUAGAAAGUAACAAAUAGAAGAACUGAAAGCCACUAGAGCUAUCAUAGAUAUAAAACUAAAUGAAUUAUAUAAAGGAAUUAUAUAAUUUGAAGAGUAAAUCAUGAAUGAUGAGCUUAGAUUAGUAAGCAUUAAUGAUUUAUCUUUUUCGGAAUAAUAGCUUGAUCUUACUUAAUUGAUUUAAUAAAUUCAAUUGCAUUCGUUUAAUUAUAUAGAUAAUGCUGAAGAAGGUGUCAUCUUUUCUGAUAGCAUGUUCUUUAGAUUGAAUGUCCCUUAUGUUUACAAGUUCGCUUACAAAUAUAUCACUUUACUUAAUGAAAACUUGGUUUAUUAUGAGGAUAGAAUCAUAAACGAUGUGGUAAUCUUAACCAUGACUUUUAUUGCUGUCAAUAGUUGUAUCAUUUUGUACAUACUGUAUAAUACAUUUUUGUUGACUCAAUAUGAAAGAUAGAUUUUGAUGCUAAUAACUAGAGUGUCUCAUAGAACUGCUGAAGAUAUCAUGUAGAAACUGACUGAUGUAAAGACAAUUUUGAUUGAACCUUCAUAAUUGAUAUGGAAAAGAGUAAAUUACUUUGAAUUAAAUUAUGACUAAGUCCAAUAAAAUCAGUAAGUAACGAGUCUUUUAUUUGCAAAAUCAGUUAAAACUUAAUCAGUUACCAAAUCGAAUGAAUUAUCUGGGCAAAAGUCAAAAGUACGAUCAAAAAGAUCAUAUUAAAGUAACUCUUUGGCCUAGAGAAUCUAUGAUUUAACCUUAAGUUAUCCUUCGAAUCUUAUUUUCCUUUUUUUCCUUUGGUUCUUAGCUAUACUAUUCAUAAUUGGAGGAAUUUUGGUUACUAUCAGUUAAGUAUCAGAUAUUAAACCGACCCUUAAUCUUAAUUUACAAUUGAUUAGAUUCAAACUUAGAUUUGACACCUUGAUUGUCUUGGGGGAGUGCUUAAAAACUCAAUAAGUAAUUAGUGAUAAAUUUGAAGCCAAAUUUGGAAACAUUAAUAUUGAUAUGAAAAAUCAAUUAAUUUUGGAUCUCUUUAGCGAGCAAACUGAUGGAUUUUAGGACUCAAUGAGAAGCAUCUAUGAUUCCCUUGCUAGUUAAUCUGGACUCUUGGAAGCAUAAAAGAAAGAACUGCUGAUGUAUUUUGAGGAUAGUCUGUGCAAUUACAUGAGCGAGGAAAUACCUUUUUGUACCAUUAGAGUGUCAAAUUAAAACUUUUCAGUUCCUGACUCCUUCAAAACAACUUAUGGUAGUCCAUGGUUAGAGGAUAAUAAUUUUGAUUAUUUAUCUGGUGGCAUUACAGGGUGUGUUUAAGAGUUUACAAAGAGUUUAAAUUCGUAUUUCUCCAAAGAGAUUUAAUUAAAAGAAUUGCAAGUAUCCACAACUUAAGAGGCAGUAUCUUUUUUAAAAACACAAAUUCAUAUUAAUCAAUUUGUUGAGUAUUUUCUUGAUCCUGGAAAGUUAUUGACAAUCAUAGGGGACAAUUUGUUCGAAUAGAAUUAAUCGAAAUUAUAAUAGGCAACAACAAUUAUGCAAUUAUAUAUUUAUAUAACAGGACUAGGUUUGUUAAUUAUUUUAGGGUCGAUCUCGUAUUUUUGGUUAAAGUAUGUUAGUAGGCGAAUGAAAUUAAUGAGAUUAAGUUUGACACUAAUCCCUUAUGAAAUCCUGUUGGAGCCAAAGACAAUGAGUUCUUUAAAAUAAUUAUGA